GCCAUCAUGUACACGAUAUUCCGGCGUGAUCUGCCGUAACCGAACGUCGGCCGCUCUGCUCUUCUUCGGCGCUUAUAAUACGCUCGUCGCGCUCUCACUUGUUUGCUGGUUUUCAUUGGAUUUACCACAACUUGCCAGUCCUACGACAACACAAACGGGAUCAAGUUGAAGGCGUGGCGGAAUGCCGUCGGGGCUUAACGUGCCGAAAUUGCAUAGCCAAGUCCCGUUCGCAUGAAAUACAUUUACGAGUGAAUUAGCAAAAUGAAUUGUGUGUUCAGCCGUUCCAUAGCAGCACUCGUUUCAUUGCUGUACACUACUCAUCAUGCAGUGAAUGGAAGUGAAGAACAUGGACCUCGUUUCACAGUUGAGCCUCCCGUUUCUGUUUUCUUCUCAAACGCUACCGGAGCUAGAGUAGAAUGUGUAGCCGAAGGAACUCCUCAGCCUCUGGUCAGAUGGCAGACGGUUAGAGAUGGAAUGACAGUAACUGAUGUGCGAGAUGUUCUCCACGUGAAUCACAACGGCACGUUAGUUUUCUCGCCAUUUUCUGAGCAUCAAUAUUCACCAGAAGUACACUCGGCAGCAUACCGAUGUAUUGCUCACAGCCGAGCUGGUACGAUUGUCUCACGCACAGUACAAGUUAAAGCAGAAGUAAUAAGGAAUUUCGAGCCGAUAGUUAGAGAUACAGUUACAAUGCCCGGUAACGUAGCCGUUUUUACAUGUCAUAUACCUGGAUUAAGUUACAGCAUCAACAGCGGACUACCCGAAUCUGUGGCUAUAACUUCCUGGGUCCAAGAUGGUGUUUUCAAUAUAUUUCCCUCUUGGGAAAUCGACUCAAAGAUAAUUAUGGUACCGAAAACUGGUGAAUUAAGAAUAGCCAAUGUGGACGAGAACGAUCUGAGACACAGUUACACAUGCCGCAUAGUGAAUAAAUUGACAGGAUUUACUCAAGAAAGUAGUACAUUCGGCAGAAUUUACUUUGAGAGCAAUCGAACUAUGGCUCCUUGGUCCAAGUCAGCUGUUUACACGGUGCAUUUGGUGAAACAAGGUGAUCACUUGUUGUUGCCAUGUGAUGUUUACGGGUUUCCACCACCUCAAAUAACGUGGUCUUCAAGCACAUCAACAUUAAUAGUUUCUGAAUCAAGUGGAAGAAAUAAAGCUCCAAUGAACUUUUUAAGGCUGCGGUCUGCGCAACGAACGGAUGCAGGUAACUAUUCUUGCACAGCAACAAACAGUGUCGGUCACCUUACCCUUCACCAUCGAGUGAUCGUUGCUCCGGAUAUGAGUGCUCAAGUCAUACCAGCCUUAGCUGAAAUUGAAGCCGGAAGAUCCGCUACGUUUACUUGUAUCACAUCUUCUUCUGACGAUAAUCAAAUCAUUACAUGGCUUAAAAAUGGGGAACCAAGACAGUCAAGCACGUUAUCUCCACCAACCUACACUUUAAAUAUAGAUUCUGUACAAAAGGACGAUCAAGGCAUGUAUCAAUGUGUGGUAACAAAUAAGCUUAAUAAUGAAAUGGCACAAUCUUUUGCAGAACUCAGACUUAGUGCUUCUAAACCUUCAUUUAAGUAUAAGUUUAUUGGUCAUCUUUUAAAACCCGGCCCGGAUGUUUCACUGAAAUGUAUAGCUUACGGCACUCCAACUCCACACAUCACAUGGAAGUUUGACGGCUUUGAUAUACCGCUAUCUAAAAUGCGAGUGUCAGUUAGUCAAUAUGUCACGGAAACAGGUGAUGUCAUAAGCCAUUUUAACAUAACAAAAGUUCAAGUGGAAGAUGGUGGUGUAUACGAAUGUGUUGUAUCCAAUCGAGCUGGAAAAAUAUCACAUUCGGCUAAAUUACAAAUUUACGGUAAUCCGGUUGCUAAAAAAACACCUAAAAUUAUUGCACGAGCUGGUCAACAACUUCACAUGACUUGUCCUAUAUCAGGUUAUCCGAUAUUCAACAUCAACUGGGAAAAAGACAAUAAGAAAUUGCCUGGGGCAAAAUCGACCAACAAGCGGUACAAGGUAUUUGCAAAUGGCUCAAUUAUCAUAGAUAACAUACAAAAAAAGACUGACCAAGGAAUGUAUUUUUGUGAAGGAAGCAAUGAUAAGCACGCUGUAAAAGCAUCAGUAGAUGUUAAUGUUAUUGAGCCUCCAAAUAUACAUCCAUUCACAAUAGGAGAAGGUUAUCACGAAGGAGGUCGCGUAGGAUGGCAAUGUUUUAUAACUAAGGGGGACGGUCCGCUGAGCAUUCAUUGGUUAAAAAACAACCAGACAUUAGAUGCUGCGGCAGCGGUACCACCGCUGUCCAUAUCCUAUCAGAACGAGUAUAGCAGCUCAUUACUGAUUGAAAGUAUAAAGUUGGCCCACGAGGGUAAUUACACAUGCAGAGCGUCCAAUCCUGUGGCUACUGUCGAUCAUACUGUCACUUUAACCGUACUUGCACCUCCGGAAAUCACACCAUUUUAUUUUUCCAAGCUCGCUGAAGGGUCUAGGGUACAAGUGGCUUGUACGGUUCACCAAGGCGAUUUACCGUUAAAUAUCACCUGGCUGAAAGACGGUCGGGUACACCACGGGUCGAGUGGUGCCGACAUAACCCCGUUCAACGAGUACUCAACCAUAUUAACCGUGAACAACGUUUCCCGGUCAGAUACAGGAGACUAUACUUGUGUGGCCGCCAAUCCGGUACACAGUGCUUCUUAUACGGCCCAUCUCAACGUCAACGUCGCUCCCGAAUGGAUCUUUGAGCCUAAGGAUGUGAAUGUGAUACGAGACGACCAAGCGGAAAUUAACUGUUCAGCAUCAGGACACCCUAAACCGACUAUUAAGUGGAGAAAAGGAUCUAGUAAAGAUUCAGACCAGUUUACGGACGUUAACGACAAUGUAACGGCUGAUGGUAGUUUAAUAAUAAAUAAAGUAACCAAAAAACAUGAGGGUUACUACAUGUGUGAAGCCAGUAACGACAUUGGCUCCCCAAUAAGUUCAAUUAUCCAUCUGAAUGUGCAAGACUUGCCGCACAUAAUACUUCCCAACACCAAGUAUACGUCGAUAAAUGGCGGCAUAGCGACGAUGGCUUGUGAAGCGACUGGAGACCAACCGAUACACAUAUCAUGGAUCAAAGGAUCCAUCCAACUGAGCUACAAAAGCGCGAAUCCUAGAUAUAAUGUUGAAGAAAUAUACACAGACACGUUGGUCAGAUCAAAAUUGAUAAUAAGCAAAGUAAAUGCUGCCGACUCGGGUCGUUAUGUGUGUGUAGCCGAAAAUUCUCUUGGUAAACACGAAGCCGCCAUGGAGUUAGAAAUAAAAGUUUUAGGUUCACCACCGGAUGAUCUUAGUUGUAAUGAUACAACACCUACAAGCAUUCGACUCCGGUGGACUGACCUCAAUGCUAACAACCCAACAAAUGAUUACGUACUUGGAUAUGUUUUAAUAUAUUCUAAAUUAGUGUCUCCUGAUGAUUUGAUCAACGAAUAUGACGAAAUUGAAGUGUUCCAAAAUGGUGACGACGCCACCAUAUCAGACCUGGAGACUAAUACGGCUUACGAAUUCUCAAUAAAAGUAAACACUGUUCAAGGUCCAGGUAAACCAAGCAAGUCACUGAUAUGUAAAACAUCUGAGAGUCUUCCAGACCCACCAGAUGACUUAAAAGCAAUUUUGUUAUCGCCUAACACUGCACUUAUAACAUGGAUACCACCAAAAUAUCCUAAUGGGCAAAUUCAACGAUACACUUUGUAUGAAAGAGAGAAACUAAACGGCAUGCAAGGUGCUGUGAAAUCACAAUCAUUUGAGCACCACGUUCGGCAAGUACAACUGUCAAUGUUCAGGCACACAAGCAGCUAUUUGUGGUGGGUAACAGCCACAAAUGGAAUAGGUGAAGGAGAAAAAUCUAAAACAGCUACUCUUUCGACAGCUCGAUCCGGUGGUAUACCAGCGUCUAUUGGCUCUUUUCACAAUAAUUUACAUACAAAAUGGCAUGUUGACAUCGAACUCCCUUGCAUUAUCAGUGGUAGCCCUACGCCUAACGUUAAAUGGACUUUUAACGGUCAGCCAAUUGAUCUGCAAGGGCAAAAGCAGCAGGUUUAUGAAAACUACACAUUACACCUGACCUCAGUUAUCAACUCUGAUUCUGGAAAUUACACAUGCACAGCGUGGAACGUUUAUGGAUCAGAUAAUGUCACGACUACUUUACUAGUUGUAGAACCGCCAAAGCCUCCUAUUUUGGGAGUUUUGAGUAUUUCUUGGACUAACAUUACUGUGAAUUGGACCAAAGCGCCUAACACGUAUGCUGUUCAACAAUAUUUGUUGUCAUACAAAUAUGUAAAUGAAAUGGAUAAUAUGUACACAGAAAUAGCAUUAUCCUCACGAACAAAUAUGUUUACUUUACCAAAUGUUAAAUGUGACACAACCGUAGCUUUUAGUAUAUCUGCCAGUAAUCGUAUCGGUCAUGGCAUGCAAAGCAAACCAUUUACAGUUAAAACUCUUCAAGGGCAGACGCCCUUAGCUCCUUCUCAAGAUGAAGCUAUAGAACAAAUGGUAACGGGCUUUUUGAUUCACUUACAAAAAUGGAACCCAAAACAAUGCCCUAUUACUCAUUUUUCUGUAUAUAAAAAACAUUCAACAGAAAAAGAAUGGACUAUUGUUGGUGAAAAUGUAGUUCCAACUGGAAUAUUUUCUGUUGAUAACUUGAAUCCAGCUACUCACUAUAACAUUUUAGUAAAGAGUUUCAAUUCUGCUGGUAUGACCUCUACAGUAUUCGCUACGUCAACCUUAGCAGCCUACGGAGAAGGAAAUUUUGACAAGGAACCACUAUCAAUUAAUGACAAAAUUUUUAAUUCUAUUUAUAAUAUUGUGCUGAUGUGGCCGCUAGGACUAAUCAUAUUAUCUCUCAUCGUAGCUACUAUAACAUUGAUAGCAUGCUAUAAAUACAGGCAUUUAUACAAGAAGAACCAACGUAAUUUAGAACCAAAUAAUAUGAUUUUGAAAAAAAACAGCUGUUCUCGAGCAGAAAUACAUUCAGAUACUUAUGAAACCUGUACUCCUUUCAAAUCAAAAAGUACAAUUCUAACUAAUGAUGAACCAAAUUAUAAUGAAAUAUCACCUUACGCAACAUUUCAAAUAUCUCCAAAUAAAUCACCAAAAAGAAAUAAGCAAUAUUUUUGUACAAAUUGCGGUGAAAAUGUAGAAUUAUGUAACUGUAAUAGAUUGUAUUGCUCACAAACAGACUACACUAAUUUUGUAAGACGGCCUAUACCUAAACGUACAGCCACAUAUUCCGACAAUAAUAAUGAAGAUUCCAAAAGUCAAAAUGGCUCCGUUCACGAAUUCUAUGAUAUAGAAAGAAGCACAAAAACUUGCGAAUCAAUAAAGAAAUCGAAGAGAAGAUUUUUACCAUUACCUGAUUCUAGACGAGCAUCCAAUCAGAAUUCUAGAGAUUUCAGAAAUUUAAAUUUACACGAAACAACAUUCAUGAUGCCAGUACCACAUCAUGGCAUGUAUGGACAUAGUGGGGCAGUCACCGAUGAUGAAGAACCAGGAUCAAUAAGUUCUGUUCGUGGAAGUUCUAGACCUCUACCAUACAGAGUGUGUUAUUAAGCAUCAGUAUAAAUCAUCAUCAUUCUUUAUAAUAUCAUUCUUAUUAUUAUAUUUAAUAUGUAAUUGUUUUGUAUAAUUUUGUUUAUAAUUAUAUAUUAUAUAUUCAAAUUUUAUUAAGUUUAACGUUAAUGAAAAUUAAUUAUUAAAGUUAAAAUUUAUAUA